UCGGGGCGCGGGAGAUCCCGCCAGCGCCGCCGCCAUUUCACGCCCGGCGGGGCCGCGGGGACACCACGCUUUCCCCUUCGCCUGGGUCCCCCUGGGCGGCAGCUCCCCCCGCCUGCCCGGGCAGGGGUCGCGCCCUGCCCUGGAGAGACCUGCCGAGCCCCGUCCUCCCCGGGAGACCGCCGGGCCGGGCCUAAGGCGUGGACGGAGUUGCCGUUCCCCCGCCCGUUUCGGCCUGAGCCUGCAGACCCCACCCACCCUGCCUGAGCGAGUCCUGCUCGCCGCGCCCCCUAGGGGGAUGGGACUCCCCCCGUCCCCGCCCUCUCCCGGGGGACAGAGUGUCGGUGCGCCCCCCCCCCCCGGGAGACUCGGGUAGGGGCUUCCCUGCUCGGGACCUGAAGCCGCCUGCUUCCCUUGCCUCGCGCUGGGGACGCGGAUCCGCUUGCCGCUGUUCCGGCGCCUCAUCCCCUUUCUUUGCUCCAGGGAAAGGCUCCCCGUGGUCUCCCGGCCUCGUCCCGCGCCCCCUCCUUCGCCAAGGGACAAAGGUUCCCUUAUUCUCCUCUCAGGGGCACUCCUCCCCCCCGUGUCUGCCCGAUCCGCCCGCCCCUCCCAGGGCUCCUGCUUGCCCUGUGGGGGCGCGGAUCGCGAUCCCUGUCCUCGGAUUCUCUGUUUUCGGGGCUAUUGAGUCCCCAGGCACGCACUAGGUUUUGAGGUGCCUUUUCCUCUUGACAGUGUGACAGCCACAGCCUCUCCUUCUGCCUUGCUGCGCUUUCCCCUCUGCCAGCCACCAUGGAGAAGACCGAGAUGAUCCAGAAAGCCAAGCUGGCUGAGCAGGCUGAGCGCUAUGAUGAUAUGGCCACCUGCAUGAAGGCAGUAACCGAACAGGGUGCUGAGUUAUCCAACGAGGAGCGCAACCUUCUCUCUGUGGCCUACAAGAACGUAGUGGGGGGGCGGCGCUCUGCCUGGAGGGUCAUCUCUAGCAUUGAGCAGAAAACAGACACCAACGACAAGAAGAUGCAGCUUGUCAAGGACUAUCGGGAGAAGGUGGAGUCUGAGCUCAGGUCCAUCUGCACCACUGUGCUGGAGCUGCUGGACAAAUUUUUAAUAGCUAAUGCAACUAAUCCAGAGAGCAAGGUAUUCUACCUGAAGAUGAAGGGAGACUACUUCCGGUACCUUGCUGAAGUUGCAUGUGGAGAUGACAGAAAACAAACAAUAGAAAAUUCACAAGCAGCUUAUCAGGAGGCGUUUGACAUCAGCAAGAAAGAGAUGCAACCUACACAUCCAAUUCGUUUGGGCCUAGCUCUUAACUUUUCUGUAUUUUACUAUGAGAUCCUCAACAACCCUGAGCUUGCCUGCACGCUGGCUAAGACAGCUUUUGAUGAGGCUAUCGCAGAACUUGAUACACUGAACGAAGACUCAUACAAAGACAGUACUCUCAUCAUGCAGUUGCUUAGAGACAACCUAACAUUAUGGACAUCAGACAAUGCAGGAGAAGAAUGUGAUGCUGCAGAAGGUGCAGAAAACUAAACUGCCCAUGGGGUGUCAUUCUCUCUUCCCUUCUCAAGAAACCUUUUUACACGUCUCCAUUCCUUAUAGCUCCACUUGGAUUUCCUAUAGCAAAGAGAACCCAUCCAUGUGUAUGGAAAUCAGUUUAUAGUCUUUUCACAUUGCAGCUUUGGGAAAACUCCAUUCCUUGAUUUGUGUUUUGUCCUGGCCUUCCCUGUGUGCAGUUACUGCUGUAGAAAAGUAUUAAUAGCUUCAUUUCAUAUAAACAUAAGUCAUUUCCAAACACUUAUGUAGCGGACUAAAGUGUACCUGGUAUUUAAAAACAAAAAUCUGAACCAGUUCCUGCAAGUUGGCUGUGUUUUGUAUUACAGUAAAGAUAUUAAAAUGUAGUUAAUUGCAACUAAAGAGUGUUCUACAUAGCUUUCUAAUUCUCCACAUUCCCUCUUAUUCUGCAGGGUUUCCUUUCAGUAACUGAUUUUCACAUGCUACUGUGUAUUCUUUUCAUGAGGGUUAUGGAAGUAUUGGGCCAGAUGGAAAGUUUUUGGCAUUUGUAGAUUGAGAAUUACAAAUUUGAGUUGCCUUCUGUGUAAUAUUCUGCAGGGGCUACUGUAUGUCUAUGAAAAUGGGGGUCUCUUCUUACUCAUUCUUCAGUUGCUGCUGUUUAUAAGUUGAUAUCCCUUCCCAAUAAAAGUCACUUACACUCCUGCCUUUGUAGUUUUGGUAUUCACUUUACUAUGUGCUAGAAGCAGCGUGGAACUACUGGAAUACAGACAGUGCUUUUUGGCAGAUUAAAGUGCAUGUCAUUUCUUAAUACACUGGAAUGGGAAAACCAGUUCAAGUUCACAUGUUCAAGUAUAACAUUUAGUACUUUUCCAUGCAGAUUUGUGCACAUGUGAGAAGGUGUCAAGUUUGUCCAGUGAUUGUUAUUUAGAGAGUUGGACCACUAUUGUGUGUUGCUAAUCAUUGAUUGUAGUCCCAAAAAAGCCUUGUGAAAAUGUUAUGCCCUAUGUAACAGCAAAGUAACAUUAAAUAAAAUUACAUUUUAUAAACCA